UUUGCAUACAGUAUUUACGAAGUAUUCAAGACGAGAGUUCAGCUGCUUGCAAUGUAAUGUAUUUUAUGGUCUAAAUAUCACUCCAAGAAGUUAAGAGUCAGGACUAAAGUGUCUUUCAAUGUGCCUAUGACGUAGUCCAGUGUUGGUAGUAGGUUGGCUUUUUUUCGUGUGUUUUGCCAAUAAAACAGGAAUUGUAAGUUAUCCUUGUAGUAGAAUUUCCAGCCAAUGCCUGUGCUGUCAAUGUAAUGAGCUCAAAGUCAAGGCCCCAAGGACGUGGCCCUCCUGGAAAAUCUCGGUCGCAUGAUGGGGAUAGAGGUGCAGCAGAGGAACAGCGCGUAGAGCGCAGGAAAGACCCAGACUCUGGUCGAGAUGGCGGACGCCGUGAGGAAACUGGCAGGCCAAAGCAGCAGAAACAAAAACAUCCCAGGGAAGACCAACCCUCUGGUAAUGCAGAGCGAAGAAAAGCAGACAAGCAGCGGCGUGAGGCACAGGAUGCUGCUCGAAAGGAGCAGAAGAAGAGAGAGGAGGAGGAGAAGGCGCGUCUAGAGGAGCAGCGCAAGAAAGAAGAGGAGGAAAAGAGACAGCAUGAGGAACAGCUACGCAAAGAGGAGGAGGAGCGUCGACAGAAAGAAGAGGAAGAGCAACAUGCGCGCGACACGCUUGCGGAAAUCGUCAGUCGCAACAAGCACAAGAUGGCCACCAGGCAGACCAACCUUGCAGCCAAAGAGCAUCGGCCUGACGAGACGGCACUGCGAACCUUCGACUCAUCCGUGAAGAAAAACACAACGUUUGUGAAGAAGCUGCGGUCCGUAACGGAGCAGCAGCGUGAUGCACUGUCUGCCGAAUUCAACCAGCUCAACCUCAGCAAGUACAUCCAGGAAGCGGUAACGUCUUUUGCGGAGGCCAAAUUGAAGAUGGCUGAUGUGGGUGCAGCGGUGCAUCUGUGCGGUCUCUUUCAUCAGCGUUAUGCAGACUUCUCCAAGCUGCUUUUGCCCGCAGUAGAGAAGAUCUUUGCAGGCGGCAUGUCCAAGGAUAAGCCCCCUAACGUUUCCCUGUUUCGAGUGACGCUGCGUUUUUUUGGAGAGCUUGUCGUGUCCGGUGUGUUUGAGAACGGUGGCAUAAGCAACCUCCUACACGUCUUCACCAUCGUUGUACAUGCCGACAAGGACUCUCAUGCAUACCUGUUGGCUGUUCUCAGCUUUUGUCGUCACUGCGGUGAAGAUCUCGCUGGUCUCGUUUCGCGCAAGCAGCGCUCGCUGCUGUCCAAGUUCAAUCUGGAGCAGGAGAAGACAGAGUCGUUCCUGCCCGCUGACAAGCAGAUGCUCUUCAAGAAGCAGAUGUUUGACUACUACCAAACUCUAUGCGAUCACGUGAUGGCUGACCUCAAGGCUGUACAGAAGGUGGAGCGCAGGAAUCGCCACAUCAUGCUGACUAAGGGUGAAGUUUCUAAUGAGCGGCAAGAAGAGGCGGAAACACUUCGGAAGGCAUACGAAAAGCUGCUGUCCAACACUACUGCUCUGGCUGACGUGUUGGACAAGGAACUUCCCGACUUGCCUGAAGAUGAUGUGCCCGAAGCUAGUGAAAUGGGCGGUGUGGACUUUGUGAAAGCUGGCGAGGGUGGCAGUGGCGAGGGUUCACUCUCCCUGUGGGAAGACGAGGAUGCGCGGACAUUCUACGAGAGCCUCAUUGAUCUGAAGUCAGUUGUUCCUGGGAUUCUUUUCAAGGAGAAAGAGAAAGAAAAGGAAGGUUCAAAGUCUUCUGCCGGCGAUGGCAGUGAGUUAUCAUCAGCAGCAACAGGCACUGGCUCAGGAGAUGCAGAUGAUGUGAUGCUGGAAGAAGCUGAAAGUGAUGCAGCCAUCGAAGCCAUGAUUGAGGACCUCAGCCUUCAGGAGCAGGAACCUGUAGUCAUAGAAGAACCAGAGGGGAACAGUGCGUCCAACCAGGCAUCUGGUGCGUCGUCUGCUGGCAAGCUGCUGGAUGAUCUAAUAACGCGCCUUCCCCAGUGUGUCAACCGUGACAUGAUUGAUGAUGCUGCCACUGACUUUUGCCUUCACAUGAAUACGAAGUCAAACCGCAACCGGCUAAUCAAGGCGCUCUUCACUGUCAGGCGCAGCAGGUUGGACAUGUUGCCGUUUUGCGGCCGCUUUGUAGCCACGCUCGACCCCUGCCUACCGGACAUUGCGAUAGAGCUGUGCCAGUGGAUCAAGAAGGACUUUCGCUUCCUGAUAUUCAAGAAGGGGCAGACGAACAUUGAGUCCAAGAUCAAGUGUGUACGAUAUAUGGGUGAGCUCACCAAGUUCAAGCUGAUGCCAAAGGCAGACACGCUGCACAGCCUGAAGAUUCUGCUUCAUGACUUCACGCAUCACAACAUUGAGAUGGCAUGCCAGUUGCUGGAAACGUGCGGACGCUUUCUCUACCGCUCUCCGGACUCGCAUCUGCGUACCAAGAUCUUUCUGGAUACAAUGAUGAGAAAGAAGGCCGCGCUGCAUCUUGACGGACGGCAGAUAACCAUGAUCGACAAUGCUUUCCAUUACUGCAAUCCUCCUGAUGUUCCUAAGGCCAGUCGCAAGGUUCGUCCACCCAUGCACGAGUACAUACGCAAGCUUCUGCUGAAGGACCUCAACCGCCAAUGUGUGGAGAAGGUGCUUCGUCAAGUGCGGAAAUUUCCAUGGAAAGACCCAGAGGUCAAGGAAUAUGGCGUGAAGUGCUUCACUCGUGUAUGGCGCUUAAAGUACAGCAAUAUCCAGUGCUUGGCAAAUGUUCUUUCCGGCUUGGAGUUGUAUCAGGACGAAUUUGCUCUUCGCGUGAUUGAUGGCAUCCUGGAAGAGAUUCGCAUUGGCAUGGAGACGAAUUCGGAGAAGCACAACCAGCGUCGGCUGGCAGUUGUGCGUUUCCUUGGUGAGAUGUACAAUUACCGGCUCGUUGAAGCAGCUGUGAUUUUCCGCACCCUGUACAUGUUUCUUGGCUUUGGCAAUACCCCCGACGGUUCUCCUAGCCCGGUUGACCCACCGGACAAUUACUUCCGAAUACGUCUUGUAUGCUCAUUGCUGGACACAUGCGGCAUGUACUUUGACCAUGGCUCGGCAAAGAAGAAACUCGAUGCGUUCCUCAUCUUUUUUCAGCUCUACAUGUUCUACAAGGAGAGUCCGCCGCCUUUGGAGAUCGAGUUCCUGUUUUCAGACACCUUGGAGCAGCUGCGUCCAAAGUUGAAAGCCUUUGCAAACAAAGAGGACGCUAUGGCUGCUGCUAAUGAACUGGAGACUGAGUUCAAAGCCCGCAGAGUGAAGCUGCUACAGAAGGACAAGUCGGCUGGCAAUCAAGCCGGUAACGAUGUGGUCAGCUCUGAGAUGUCUGGCUUUGGUCUGCUGUCGCGGCAGCAGGAUGCUGAAGACGGCUACGAGGAUGAUUCUGACUCUGACAACGAGGACGCCACUGGUCCACGUCGGGGCACGAUAGAGUAUGGUGAUGAUAUGGGGAGCACGGAAGAAGAAGGCAUGUUGAGUCAGGAUGAUGAACAAGAAGUGGUGCUCCGUAACGGGCCCAAGAGGAUUGACUGUCCGGAGGAUGACGACUUCCUGGCCGACUUUGACAAGCUAAUGAACGACAAUGUCGCGACGCGGCGCACUGACGCCCCCGUGGUUCCGGUCUUUGAUCUACCUAUGCCUGUGGCCAAUUCACGGAUAGAGGAGCCUUCAUCUGAUGGAAAGCUCAAGUUUUCUUUGAUCCUCAAGCGAGGUAACAAGCAAGUGCGACGAGGUCUGGACGUCUCCGAGAAUUCGGAAAUAGCAACGGUUUGGCGUGAACACAGGCAGGCCGAUGUUGAGCGUGAUCGCAAAGAGAGACGAGAGCUCAAGCAGUAUGUCCUCGAGUAUGAACAGCGGCAAGAGGAGGAGGCUUAUACAGAAUCGCUCGGUGACUUGCAGAAACCUGUCCAGCCUCGUGUGCACCAUCAGCGUAGUGGCGGCGGCGGCGAAGGCGGCGGUGGAAACGCCGGCAAUCCACGCUACUAUGACCGGGACAGGCGUCCACUCUACGGAAACCGCGGCCCACAAGCGCCGGCCAGCAUCCACAGCAGCUCUCCAUUCCCAGCACCUGGACCAAGGAAACGUUAAUGAAGUCUCUGUCACUGCAAACUGGUGAGUCUCCGGGCUGUUGUGACGAAGGUAGAAAAAAAGCUAUGGACGAAGCAGCACCAGCUUCUCAGCGGUGGAGUGGAAAGCUCGCUCCACAUAUGGCGAGGAUGACCGCCCGCCGCAAGAAGACGGCUGCGAUUUCACAGCAAUCAGUAUGCCAAACAAGCGAAGGAAAUUGUUUCUCACUUAUCACAAGAUCUGUUCAGCGUUCUUAGUCUCUGCACAUGCGCGCUCAAAGCUUCUGUAGACUUGGUGAACUUGAGGCCGAAGCUCGACCAACCCGUACUGUCCUCAGGCGUGUGGUGGUGAGUAGGAAAUACACUCGAAGUCCUGACAGCGUUCCCCGCGCCCAUUUGUGGACCCGCCGGCGGGCAUGCUUAGGUGCAUACCGUGCUGCUGACAUGUUUCACAGACCGAUGUGCAGCUGCUGUGACGUCUGUGACCUCAGCCACGCGAUGCAUUUCUCCAAAGAUAGUGUUGUGUUUACUCCGGCGAGCACGCAGAGAUGGCUUUCCUGGGCUAUGCAUUGUUUUCUAAGACCCGCGGCCUGGACAGACCCGCCAAUGCCUGUCAAACAUAGAUACAGUUCUGUCUGCCCGAGGGCCUUCAUGUUAUGCAGCCUGCUGGUUUGUGUGUUGCUCUUUUCUUGAGUCUGGAGAACACAUGGCUACUUGCCAUUAGUAUGCCUACUACCUGUGUCAUGCAUAUUCUCCUUUUUUUAUGCCUUCUAGUCUGGUGGAUUCACCAUACUCAUCACACAUGCUGUUUGUAUGAAGCUGGCAGUUAGUUGUGCCGGUACAGCGUACGGUGCUUUCUUUAUUUCUUUUCUCUAUAGUUUGUACGUUGUAGUUACCCGGUGUCUUGUUUCUCCUAUAUUUUUAUUAGCGAACCCACAGCAUCGUCUUGUCUUGGUAGCCAAUACUGGUGUUUACCAGCUCUCGUGUGUCUAUGCCAUUCUCCGCUUACCCAAUGCACUAGAACCCCGAACUGCUGGCGAAUUACAGCCAUUCAGAUAGCUUUCAUGAUCCCUGCUGCAGCUUCGGCUCGACCAUGCAUGCACAUUGCUGGCCUUUGUUUGCGCCGCAUCGGUGACAACCUUUUUUUGGUCUGUGCAGUAGUAUUUAAUAGUGAUCUGCACUACAACAAUUGUAGUGGUGCCAUUAACAGCAUACACCACAAUGCCAGCUUGGUGCGAACCGUGCAAUCAUUGUAGGUUCAUCAUAAUAAUGAACAUCUGCUAUGUAUCUCGGCAAAGGUGCAGCAGUUCCCUGAA